GUUCAGUUGUAUUGCCCCGCAAGCUUCACAAAUGAUGCUUUCUUGACGUGACUUGCAGAAGUUCGUGCUUCAGGCCUAUGUUGGGCUCGAAACGUGGUUUGGCCGUCGGCAGCAGCCGCACCGGAACUCGUGUGCCGGCCGUUGAAAGAUCACGUAGCCGAAGCAAAGGCAAAGAAAAGCGUCGAGACAAGAAGAGCAAGGAGGAGAAGAAAGAGAAGGAGUUUGCUUGGAUGGACUCGGAGGAGGAAGAUGAGGCAUCUGCAUCAGCCUCCUCCAGUGAGGAGAAGCCUGUCCCACUGGAAGAGGUCCAGUCUUUGGGUCAGAUGGCCAAAUUGGCGCCAGGACUCCAGAAACGCCUGAAGCGCGGCGACCUGCGCUCCAAAGAGUUGUGCGAGGUGGUCGCUGCAUUGGGGAGAUCCAAGUUCUUCGAUGGAGGCCUCUUCGAGGUCCUGGCCAAUGAGCUCCGCCGCGCGUUCAACCGACGAUCACUUGGCCCCAGCGAGGUGAUCACAACGAUUGCACAGCUUGGGGAUCUCAAUGCCUACAACCAGAGAGUGUUUGAGGCGGCCUGUGAUGCCCUGGAGCGUGAGCUGAACCGCGUACCCGAGGCUUUGCGACAGAAGCUGGAGAGCACUCUCAAGCAGGUGAAGCACACGCCGUCCGAGGGCUUUCUUCGAGCCUUGAGCCAGAGGAGCGGCGGCGGUGACCGGCGACAAGCGUGUCCCAUGUUUUGGCGUGGCCAGUGCAAGUGGGGACCCAAAUGCAAGCUGUCGCACGAUGACAACUCCUUUGAAAAUACCAUGGACAGCGGUUCCUGGAAGCCGCCCAGCAUGAGUGGCGGAAAGAGCGUGGGCUUUAAACAGUCCGCGGACCUCUUCAAGGCUGACAGGUGUGGUGCACUGUGGUGAGAAGCAACGAAAAGAAGGGCUCAGAGCAAAGAAGUGCUUGCAGAGCAGCUGACAUGCGAGGCAAAAAGACAAAAACAUACAAAAACGAAAGCAAC